CUUUCCUGUCCUUUUGCCAAGUGCGUUCUGCCCUCGCUCUCGUGCAUAGGGUGUGAGGACAAUAAACUGCCAAGAUGUCAGAGAAAAAGAUGUCAUCCAGCCGCCGGUAUCACUUGAAGAGCCUGCUGCUCUCCAUUGCUGCUGGCUUGCUGGAGGCUGAAGCCAAGCAGCUUGUUGAUGAUAAGGAGUCUUACAUAAAUGACCACUGCCCACCACUGACCCUUCCUAGUUCUGUGCAGGAGCUGCAGGAGCUCUGUAAGAAGCUCCAUCAGAACAUUGACCAGGUUGAUGAGGAGAGGUAUGACAUGGAGGCCAAGGUUACAAAGACAAACAAGGAAAUUGAGGAUCUUAAGAUUAAGGUGAUUGAUCUGAAGGGCAAGUUCAAGAAGCCUGUGCUGAGGAAGGUGCGCAUGUCUGCUGAUCAGAUGCUUCAGGCUCUGCUCGGCUCCAAACACAAGGUGUCUCUGGACCUGAGAGCCAACCUGAAACAAGUGAAGAAGGAGGUCAAGGAGGAGCCAGCAGAACAAGUUGGUGACUGGCGUAAGAACAUUGAGGAUAAAGCUGGUAUGGAUGGCAGGAAGAAGAUGUUUGAGUCUGAGGCUUAA